UAUUGUCCCCCGCCCUCUGAAUCAUGUGAUUCAGGUGUUCCAAUCCCCUCCCAAUCAUGUGAUUCAGGUGUUCCAAUCCCCUCCCAAUCAUGUGAUUCAGGUGUUCCAAUCCCCUCCCAAUCAUGUGAUUCAGGUGUUCCAAUCCCCUCCCAAUCAUGUGAUUCAGGUGUUCCAAUCCCCUUCCAAUCAUGUGAUUCAGGUGUUCCAAUCCCCUCCCAAUCAUGUGAUUCAGGUGUUCCAAUCCCCUCCAUAUCAUGUGAUUCAGGUGUUCCAAUCCCCUCCAUAUCAUGUGAUUCAGGUGUUCCAAUCCCCUCCAUAUCAUGUGAUUCAGGUGUUCCAAUCCCUCCAUAUCAUGUGAUUCAGGUGUUCCAAUCCCCUCCAUAUCAUGUGAUUCAGGUGUUCCAAUCCCCUCCAUAUCAUGUGAUUCAGGUGUUCCAAUCCCCUCCAUAUCAU